AUGGUGCUUCCACAGACAGAAAUAUUUGAGGACCAAUUUCCCCUGAUUCGAAGCUGUCCUGCAUUGAACGAAAUUCGUCUUGCUCAGGACAUAAAGGAUCUGCGAAUAGAGGUAAGUUUCCUUACUGCGGACAUUUGUGUGUAUGUUUGCCAGGUUGGGGGCGGGGCAGUGCUUCACGCCCAUCGAAUAAUAUUAGCGGCCCGCAUUCCUUCUUUGCGAGCCGCUCUCAGUGGUCCCUGCGGGGAGGAGAAUUCGGUUCUCAGAUGGCCCACAGUGCCUCUCAAGUAACAUUUGCAUCGGUUCUCUGACUUUUCUUACUCUUUGCGCACUUUAUAGCCUCGCAACAACAUUCAUUCAGUAUGUUUACACGGGUCAGGUUGAGAUGACACAAAGUAAUGCGAGGGGCAUGGUUACGCUUGCCAAAAUGGUCAAACUGCCUGACCUCGUUAAAUGGGGAGUUACAUUCAUGGUCAAAGGGUAACUAUCGUUCCGGUCUUACCUACGCACACUAAAGCCUCAAGUUAGAAAGUCUGCCGGCAGCUUGGGACCUUGCUAGGACCCUGAAUGUGGAAGUACUGGCGGAGAAGUGUAUCGGCCUGAUGAAGGAGCAGUUUGAGCACUUCAUUCAAACUGACCUCUUUGUCAGCUUGCCUGCUGAAACUGUGUUCACUCUGCUUCGCAGCGAUGAUCUCUCGGUGGGAUGUGAGGAGCAGGUAAUUGCAGCCAUUUCGCGCUGGGUGGACGCCGGUGGUGCUGACGAUGAUGAGAAGCGGAGAGUGCACGCUCCGGCAAUGCUGAAGGAGGUUCAGUGGCAGCUGACGAGCGUGCAAUGUCGCAGUCGCCUGCUGGAUAGUUAUCCAACACUCCAGAAGAGUAACGAAUGUCUGUAAGUUUAUGCCAUUUUAGUUCUGUUCAUUUGCGAUAAAAGUCGUCUUAUGCUUCAGGUGGAGCACUGGAUUGGCGCUGCAGAGAAGGGCAAGCCUCCUCGUCCCUUCAACAUCAGGCAACGUGUACUUCAGACGUUCCUCCUCUUUGGAAAGGAUAAAGAUCAAGAUAGUUACUCUGUCCUCCGCGUUGAUGCGCACCUGCAUCGGGCAGAACGAGUUGCUGAGAUGAAAAAACGCCUAUAUGCCUCCUUCUCUGUGGUGGGCGGUGAGUUGCUUGACAGCGCAUGCCGUUUGUUUUCGUGCUUGAAGUCUAAUGUUUGUCUCUGUGUCCACGCAGCAUUUGCCAUUGCGUAAGCAUCUCGAGCUCCUGAGUAAGUCCAUUGUAGCAGCUGCAGGUGCUGUUUUGAAGAAAGAAAAUAAAUAAGACACUUGAAGAAGUAAGACUUUUGUAUCGACCGGCGCCCUCCUAGGGGUUCCUUUUUUGAAGAUGGCGGAUCUGACUGUUACUUUUGUGUAAACACCCUCAACUGUUCGCCUUAUGCGUUACUUCUUCCAACCUCCACCGGAAGAGAGCAUUUUCGUUAUUGGAGGAUGCAGCUCAGUGCGUACUGAUGUCGACGAGUUUUUGGUGAGAGAAGGACGCUGGCGCGAGCGUACGCCCCUCGCCGUUGCCCGCUGGUGCCACGCAGUCGCAGUCACGAACGUGUCCGACACCGCCGCCGCCGGAGAGAAGACGCUGAUUGGCGUUUUUGGUGGAAAGGGUGGAGAUGGACGCCUUUCCUCCUGUGAGCUCUAUGACGUCGGCCAGGACAGGUGAGAAGACGCCGGUCGUGGCACAUCCAUUUUUGCUAGAAAUAUCAAUCACGUACUCACUGUCCCCCUUUCCCUCCGCUUGCCCCGAACAGAUGGCACAAAUUGCCCGAUCUGCCGGAGAAGAGGAGCAGUUCAGCUGCGGCCUGCCUACCCGGCGACAGUCGGGUCUUCGUUUUUGGCGGUCACGAUGACUCCUCCUCCUCCGCGCUUGCUUCCGUAGUCUUCUGUCAUCUGCGGGCAGACUGGCAGGGACAGGCGACCUCAGCGGACUUUUGGCAGCCAGCUGCCCCCAUGAGAACUGCGCGAUAUGGCCUCGCAGCAACGCCAUUUCGGGGAGCAAUCAUGGUCGCCGGAGGAUACGAUGGCCAAAGGAAUCUCAACGUCGUAGAGGCGUUCUCGCUGCCAGAUGCCAGCAAACCCCUCGGCCAGUGGACAGAGCUGGCCGGCAUGAAUCAGCCCCGCUGCUACUUCACUCUUCUCACCUCUGCCAACGCCGUCUUUGCCCUCGGUAAGGCGACACACAGAGUAGAUGGGUCCUUUCAUGCUACUUGCUGGUCUCUUUCAUGUUAGCCUACUUUUCAUCUACAAAGCUGAAAGAUUACAUCACCUGGAAGGUGACGCCAGAUGCAACUGUAAUCUGUGACAUGAUUCCGUGGAGGUUGUUCUCCUGCGCACUGCGCCAUCACUGCCAGAGGCAGACGGAGUCAUUGUAAUUUCUUCCGAUCCUUAAUUUUUUUAAACAAAACUCUUUUCUCUCUGGUGUCUUUCCUCUUUAAUGCCCCUUCGUUAUGAUUACUCAAAUGAAACAUUGUAGGCAACGACGACGCACCGAAAAACACAGUGGAGUCUCUCACGGCACCAGAAGGUUCGACUGACUCUGACAAUGACUUGGCAUCUUGGGUCUGGUCGUCCAUGAGCCGAGUGGAGACACUGGACCGGAUUGUUGAAGCUGCAAGCAUUCGCAUGUAAAUGCCUGCGUUGAUUUUUCUUGGAUCGCACUUCGGCAUUUCCUCCAUUGGCUGUUUACUGAAAAUAAACGACUAGCAAAUAAAUUUGCCUUGACAUGUGUUAUUUCAAAACUGUGAAAAGAUGCGUGCGGUGUGCAACAUAUGGCAUUGCCGAGUGAUGUCUAUUUUUGACUUUGGGGGAAUGAAAUAGGGAUGUGGGGAUUAGGUGAACCAGUUAAUUUGCUCGAGGGAGAUGAUCAUUCGCUGAUUAGAUAUAGUGAAUUCGAAAGGGUGUUUGUAUAGAAUUUAUUCCGAUCUCUGGGACAGAAGCAAUGUUCGUCUGACGUCUCCAGUGCAUGCAAGAUUUAUGACGUAGACAGCGGAGACUGGGGACGUGAAGAGGGGCGCCGAUGAUGAUGAGGAAGAAGAAGAACGUGAGUAGGAACAAGACCAAGAUGCUGAUGCAGACGAUGAUGAUGGUGAUGAUGAUGAUGAUGAUGAUGAUGAUGAUGAUGAUGAUGAUGAUGAUGAUGAUGAUGAUGAUGAUGAUGAUGAUGAUGGUGAUGAGCGAGUUUUCGACGGUCGAAGUGGUCCUGUGGUGUGCUUCGCACUUAUCUCUCCCUCUCUCUUUCGGUGGAAAAUGAAAAUCCGAGUUGCUAAAGUCUUUUACCGCGGCUAA